AGCAGAAGAGAAAUUCGGCUCGUGAUCGGUAAAACCCAGUGCACGCUGAGCUAUUGCGAAUAUCAAAAAUUAUUCGUAGAAUCUACUCUCAGGAAACUGCAUGGUAAGAAAUUUCAUAUUUUGCAGUUUUGACUUUUUUAUGUUUCUUGGCAAAACUCCAAGUGCUUGUUUCUUACUUUCUGAGGUUCUUUUUAAGUUUGCUCAUGGUAAUAUCACUGGCUUUAAUAUACGGGUCUUUUAUUUUCCCUAGUUUUAACGAUCAAAGAUUUUCUUUAACUUUUAAUACACUUACUAAGAUUAGUAUUUGGCGGGAUGUGGGUGGAGAGAAAUACCAAAUUAAAGUGAAAGUUUCAAGCAAUUCUGGUUUCAGUAAGAAAUUUUUGUCGUCUGAGUAUCUUCCGGAGUCAAUAUCUCUUCACCAUCUGUAAACCGUUAAUUGACGAACCUUUAUUUAUAGAAGUUACAGCUCUACUUUUCAACAAAAGUAAGAGUCCUUUUUUAAAACUCUUAUUUUCCGUCUGAUCAUAUGAAUUAUGCUGAUUUUUUUUAAGAUUAGCGUUGUCAUGGGAAUGCAACAAGAACCGGUGCAAUGGGCUGAUUCUGAGCGUAAUUAUCUGAUUAAAGAUUUAAAGAGAGAAAUUGAUUGAAGCUUAGGCUUGUGUUUAAAAUUUUUUCACCUAUGUUCUAUACACUAUCUAUAGCCCCCUCAUUGUUAGCUUCCCGCGCGAAAAAUAGGAUGUUCUGAGUUUGAUUCCUUUUUUCGUUUUUUUCGAUUUUUGUCAUAAUUGCGUUUUGUUUUAAUUUGUUGUUUAUAUAAUUAUUGUAUAUUCUUAUUAUACUUGUAUAUUUUUUUUUCCUUACUGACCUUUUUCCCUUUCCUUCUACUUCUCGCCGUUAGAACCAAAAAAAUGGGCAUAAUGAUAAAUUGAUGGAGAAUUGUUGGUUCGAUUCAAGAACUGCCAGCUGAGACUUUUGACGAAAUAAAGAGGAGUGAAGGUCACGCUGUUAGCGGAAAAUACUGAUUUUCCACUAUAAAAUCUGGUACAUCUGUUCUGGCUUAUUGCAAUAUGAAGACCAACGGUGAGUUUAGUCAGUUUCAUAAUCGUCGACUGAUUCUUGAGCCCUCUAACAAAUGCAACUUUCCUUUUUGUCUGUUAUUUGUCAUGACAACUGAAAAGAUAAAAUGAAAAAAUCUUCGGGUUUUUUAUUACGCCGCAUCGCUGACUAAGGUUAACCAGGAGAUGUAAACUACUCGGACACACAAAAUAAGACUUGGAAAAAGGAAAUUUUAAGAGCAAAAACUCAGGUUAGAUUAGUCUGCUACACAGCCGUGUUUUAAUGUCGUCGCAUAACGAUCGACAAUAAGAACUUUAAGAUCCAACGACGCGGACGGCAACAAGAACGUAAAAAAACGAUAGGUUUAAUGAGUAAAACAACAAGUCUUCAGGUGGCAUAACUCUUUUUUGUACGUUUCUUUGCCCGUUUUUGCACGACCACGACGUGAAAAUGCCUAGUUUCGCGUUUUAUGGAGUACGUAAAGAAGCAACUACGAAAGUUUGUUUCUGUCUCUGCACUUGGAUAUGGUCCCUAGGAAUUCAACUCCAGGAGGGUUCCCCUACAUUUGGCAAAGUAAGUGGGUAGGAAUAAUUGCGAUAAAGACUAAAAGAACGCAAAUUCACAUUUUAAGCGACGUUCUCGUUGCCGUCGGAGCCUUGGAUCUUUAAGUCCCUACUAAAAACGGCUUCUAGCAGACGUAUGUUAGAUAGGACUGAGUACUCUUGGGGUCUUAUGUAGGGGUAAAUGUCGCUCAAUAAUGUUUGUUUCUGUAGACAUUGACGAAUGUAGUGCUUCUUCUCCUGUAUGUGACAUCAACGCUAACUGCUCAAAUACUCGUGGAUCUUUUUACUGCACCUGUAAGGAAGGGUAUACGGGCGAUGGAAUAACUUGCUAAGGUAGGAGAAAAAACUUUUUUAUAUAUAAACAAGUUAAUUUGAAGGGAAGUUAGUUUACUCCGGCGAAUCAAAUCAAACAAAAUCGAACCAAAAUUCAGUCUCCCCGAUUAGUAAGGCACUGUGCCUGAGAAAUAAGACAUGAGACUUCAUUAUCAUUAUUGUUAUUGUUAUAAAAUUCAAUCGAACCCAAUCGAACACCAAUUGUUCUAUUGAGUUCGGUAAUCGAAUAUAAUCGAACAUCUAUUUUGCUGAGUUCGAUUAUUGAACCAAUCGAAUAAAAUAUAAUGCAAUCGAACUCAGUCCGAUUCGAUUUUGUUCAGAAUGCAUUUCUUGAUAAGUAGAUCACGCUGGAGUAAUUAUGCACAUGAGCAACCAAAACGCUGUCGCCAUAAUUCUUUCUAAGCCCUCAAGGGCGGCCAAGAGUGACGUGACAGGAUCGAAGAGGAUUAGGGGGACUGGUCACCGUACAAAAUUUCCGCAAACUAUACACUUGUUAAUAGGGUAACAUUUAGGCUUUUUUUUUUUGUUAUUACUUUGCUUUUCAUCCGUUUUAAUAUUUAAUCAUAAACAACAAGCAAACAGGAGUUCAGCAAUGGCAAGUUUAAUUGAGUACGACUCGUUGAUCGUUCGGUAAUCAAACGUUCGAUUAUGUUCGAUUACUGAACCGUUCGAUUAGAUACGCCGGGUUUACUGCAGUACCAUCAGAGAUAGGGCAGCUCGAUCCAGAGACGUGUGACAUAAUUUAGUAUUUAUUGAUCAGAUAGAUUACCACUAAAAGUGGCAGGGCAGCCCGGAUAGAAAGCCAGGGGGCUUAUUACAUUCAGGCUACCCAGUUACAAACAAAAUUCAGAGUUAUUUAAGUAUACCUAAAUGACAGGAGUAAGCUAAGUAUAAGUAAUAAGGUUAAGAAGUAUAAUUAUCAAUCAACAAUCGUACAACUCUACCUGCAAGGCAGGAUACAGUGGCGAUGGAAAAACUUGCCAAGGUUGGAGAAAAUACUUUAUUUAACAGGGUUUGAACUAGGUAUAGUUAGUUUACUACUCUACCAUUAAAGAUGGUAGUUUUCUAGGAAAGUGUGACAUCAUUUAAGAUGUCGACUAGUAAUGAGAUCCGCAUUAUAGUUUCUCAGUAUUACACAACAUCGGGAUGCUUGUGGACCACGUUUCUUUUAGGGGCCGCGCGUAAAUGUAACCUUUAAAGUCAGUUACUUAACAAAAGUGAUGUUUUACUAGAUUACUUAGCACCAUCCUCCGUCGAAAGGCCCACCUACUAGCACGAAAGAGAAACCUAAGAAAAAAGAAAAGGGAAAUUUAAAAAAAAGUGCAUCGUGCUAUACAUGUAGCUACUGAAGACUGCACGUUUUUGUUGAUGACAGCACUAACAAUGAGCAGCCAGAUGAAAACUCAGCAACAUUUUGUUUCCCUUUUGAGGAAUUUUAAUCCCCCAGUGCUUUCCGCAUGGAUUGGACAGGACUGAAUAUAUCCAUUAGGAAAGUUAUUUUUUACCAAAUUUUGUUUUUCUUAGACAUUGAUGAGUGCAGUGCUUCUCCUUCUGUAUGUGACAUUAAUGCCAUUUGCUCCAAUACUCGUGGAUCGUACCACUGUAUCUGCCAGGCUGGAUACAGUGGCGAUGGAAAAACUUGCCAAGGUAGGAGAAAAUACUUUAUUUAUAAUCUAAAGGUCAGUUAAAUAAAGAAUGGCGGUUUUCUGGAGCUCGUUCUCGUAAUUUUUAUAUUUAACCUUGAAUACAAACUACCGCCCCCUCAGCGAAUUUUAAAAAGCGAAAAGCCGAACAAAAUGAGUGAAGGAAGGAUUACACCAUGGUAGGACACGAUGGACGGACCGAAUGUGCAUUGAUUUAACCAACAAUAGAAAUGAAGAUAAACUCUUACAAGAUUCUGACGACUGCCGAGUUAAGGACAAAUAGGCGGAAAAUUGGUAUCAUGGAGUUAUAGUUGAAAUGCUAGAUUGAAAAAGGAUAUGAAGAUCUUGGAAAAGUCAGCACAAAAUCUUACAAAAAAACUUAUGAUCUAGUGAAAACAGCGUUCCCAUUCCGCUUACAACUCUGUCGCUUACGUUGCGCUUACUAAUGAAAACCGGAUUGUCGCAGUCGGAAGCAGAAGAGGAAGAACUAAACGAAUCACAAAGCGUGUAAACGUGCAUUGUGAUUGGUUUAUCCUUCCGCUUCUGCUUCCGACUCCGUUAAUCUGGUUUUCACUAGUUCAUAAGCGGAACGUAAGCGACGGAGUCGUAAACGGAGUUGGAAGAAAUGGAAACAUUCCGAUUCGUAAGAAAGCAUUUUUAUCAUAAAUUCAGUUAAAUGUCUCGUGAAGACGAUUUCAGAACUUGGUCAUAAAGUAUCAGUGCCGCGCGCAACGCCAGUCGUAAGUGUUGCGUCGAAAUACGAGGCCAAAAACAGGUGUUAAGCGGUCAAUCUGUGAAAAGUAACGCAAUCUCCGUCGCCGUUUGAGAGCAGCCAAAGAUGCUCUUGCCGAUGCUGUCCUUGAUCCCCUUGGUUUUUUAAUUCCAAGAUCUAGGAAACCCAUGGUAAGGUAUGAAACAUACACUCAUAGGCAUUGUUCUGUUCGGUAAAAUUUGAUUCCUAGACGCAAAAACGUUGUGAUUGUUGAAGUUUAUCUGGUUUAUUAUAGCGCUUUGCCCUUUGACAAACUUUAAAUACGUGACUCGUGCACUUUGCAAGAGUUGACAGCGUAAAUUUGCCUUUCUUGUGAGCAAAUGAUUUUAAGUCAUAUGAGAUCGCUGGAUAAACACAUAUUGGUUUGUGAAAGCUGAUAACAUCAAACCACUGUUGCUGAAACUGAUUUCUUUUCGUGUUUUUCCGAGUUUUUAGCAUCGGCCCGCUUAGCGAGGAAAGCUCAAAUUUCAGAAAAGUACUACUUGUAAUUUUUGGCCUCAAAAAAUUUUCUUUUAAGUUGCCCAUAGUUUUGAAAACAGAUUUUGAAAGAAGAGAUAACGCUCUUUAACGUGGUGAAAAACUCUUUAGUGAAAUCGAGGUACCAGUCGACGAUUUUGGGCUUUGAAAUUUGCCAUUUUUUUUGUCGAACGAAAACGUUCAAAAUAUUGAAAAUAAUGAAAAAUCUCCAAAAUAUUACAUUUUCGUUCGAACUGAGUAAAUCACCCCUUAAAACGUGUAUAAUUAUGUACUUUUCUGAAUAAGUUAUUUGUUGUUCGCAUUACAAUUGAUUUGAUUUUAAAAACGAUUUUUUCAUGACACGCCAUCUCGGGCCUGUAAAACCCCGGUCCGAGAGCCUCGAAACCAAUAACCCCACCGCACGUCUAAAAUAAUUAUCGGAUCGAAAUAAAAAUUACAUUUAUGUUAACAGCUUACCUAGUGCUACUUUGUGAAUUUUUUUGAGAAUUUUCGAUUUUUCACUUUUGUAGACCUCUGGUCGAUAUCUACUGACAUCCGCUCUUAAAGACCUUCUAACUAUCCACGUGAAUAUGUUUCUCUUCAACGGGACGAUAUACAAAUGGUAUAUUCCUUCUUGUUACUUUCGAUUCACACGUAAGCAUCCUUUUAGUCAUAGCUUAAUUACCAUGGUGCAAAAACACAGGUGUCAAAGAUCGCCCAUAAAGCUUCUCCCUUGGGGAUCGUGGGAUGGCAUUGUUUCUGCAGCUCCCGCACAAGCUAAUAUCGACUUUCGAAUGCUGUAUUUAGUUAAUUAUUCGGCGUAGAUAUAGGCUUAAUAACUUCACGCAAUAAUUUUGUGUUCGUUCCAAAUCACUUCGCCAGAUGACCUGAAAUGACCCGUCCCCUCUCCUCAGAAAUCGGCCCCAUUGAAGAGGAAUGGGACACGCAAAGUCUUCUGGGAGUUCCGUCCGCCUUUUUGUCUUUUUGCUGCACAGACGAGUUGGCCUCCAUUUUAUGAUUGGGCGUUGCCCUCACGGGCCGCCCAAGUAUAAUAAAAAAAAUUCUGUCUACAGCCACUUCAACAGAAAUCCCUAACCACAAAAAACGAACGAAAAAAAAAAAACCUGAGCAAACAACUCAGUAAAGAAGCUAUUAGACAGGGGAAGUUACGAGAAAUUACAAAAUGUUUGCUAUAACCCGUUUUUUUUCUUUAAUUUCACUUGAAACACUGCCAGGCUCCAUUUUGUUCAGUAUCCAGUGGAUAAGCCACUAUCCAGUGGAUAACGCAAUUGGUUUCGCGUACUACUCGGUCUUUCUUUGCUCUGAAAAACCAAACGAAACGCUUUCUACGCAGGCUGAAGGACAGCCGGCCUUCUUAGCUGUAUAUCUCGUCACUAUUUUCCUUCCGAAACACGACAUGGAGGUGUAAAAGCACAGGCGUGAUUAUACAGAAUGCCGAUUCUUGCUGGCUUCAUCUGCUUUCUGUGGUCCCUACAACGGUAGAAUCCGCGCCAACAGAAAGCCAGAAUAACCUUACCUUUAAAGGAAACUUCUUGCAAGAUAAACAACUACAAUUGUAAAUGCUUUCACGCUAGAACCAAGCUUGAGAAAAUAGCUACGGGCAUAAAUAUAAGACCACGUCAAGAGCCAUAAUAGGACAGAGAGGGAGUGUCCCAGUCACGCCUUUGGGAUAUUUUAAUUUCAAAAAAGUUAUUUUUAGAACUAUGCGGACCAUGCGAAAACAGUUGCCGGUAAACUGGUUGACUUCUUUAAGAUUCAGCACGCCAAAGCGAGGCGGGGUCAAAAAAUGAAAAAAAUGGCCGCUUAAGUGGAGGGAACGAAGAACUGGCUUAAACUUCUACACAAACGGUUCCUUUACGAGCAAGGGUACAAAAUAAUACAGUUAAAGCGACCGCGUUUUUGUUGGAACAGCUGGAAAGAGGACAAGUAGCAUUGCGGCCGGAAUAAGCGUUGAACACAAAAUGGCGGCCAGCGGGUCCUACAAAGACGACCGUACAAGCGACUGUGUAGACGUAUUUUCUGUUGACUCCCGAGGAAGGAAAAAAACCUAUAAAGGGUUCAAGUAUUUUUUUCAAGGACGUGACCAGGAAUCUUGGGAACACACCUUUUCCUGCUUGACUGAUAUUUUUUUCCGCACUUCACAUUGGACAAUUAACAAUUUAAACGCACUUACUCUUUGAACACGAGGUGAAUAGAAGCUGAAUAUUCGCGGCGACGUUAAUAAUCCUAAAGCCACUAUUCACUGAGAUUGAAAAGAGUCUCAACAAAACCAGUAAGGAAACCAUUCAAGUUCAAUUGAUGGAUCAAUUCAUGUGUGAAAAUCGGUAUGCGCAUACGUUUGAUCUUUACAGAAUCUUCACAGAAUUUUCAAACAUUGCAAGUCAAAUCACGCUUAAAAAAUCCUUUCGCAAACAAUAGUCUAAUGGGUUAUAUGGAAUGGCCAGAAGUUUAAAUUGUGCCUCCCAGCCUGUUUAUUGUGCAGCUUGCGCUGUCCUUUGUAAGUGCAAAAUGGUGGCCCGGUUCCUUAAGGCAAGGCGCCGUUGUUUCUUGUAGUUUUCUCUGUCGUGUUUAAUUGAAAUCUCGAGUUUUCGUAAAGAUUUGCUUGUUAAGGGGUAUUUUCAUCGUGUUAAUAAAGGUUUCAACCAAUCAUAAGAGU